AUGAGUCAGGAAAUCUCCAAUCCGUAUGUCCAUCAACAUAUGGAGUUCUACCCGGAAGAUUGCCAUGGGAUCGAUAUUUAUAAAUUCUCCCAAGGGUAUAAGUGGCUCAAAGGUCUACCACCCGAUUUGCGAGUGCAGAUGGUUCCCAGUCAUAAUAAGCACUUCUAUAUCUUUGAACCAGUGCGCAUUGUCUCUGGGGAAAUUGUGGUCCCGGUGUUCUUUUACAAAGAAGGAUCAGAACUGUUAGCCAGAUGUGUUGUCCCAACCCUUAUUUACUCCCUCGAUAAUACACGGAUUUCCAUUCAAAUCCCAUCAGAGCUUCCCUUUGAUUCGGAAGCCUUCAUUAGUAUCAACGUGGACCACUUUGAUCUCAUGUAUUCUGAAAUCCAUAUGGAAAAGAACCAGUUGCUUUCAGUCAUGUGCUCCAAUCAAAUGUUGGAAACCGGAUCGUCCCCUACCUUGCAUGAACUUCCCAAUCCGUGGCGUGGCCGAUCUAAUGGUCGCAUGAUCAGACACAUGCCUAUAAGUUUGUAUGCCAACGAUACCUCUGGUAAUGUUUCCAAGCGAUGGAAUAAGCACGUUUCCUUCUACUUUACACUCUCGGGUCUGCCUCCCAACAUAUCCAACAUGCAGUACAACUGCCAUUUUCUCUCAACAUCAAACGAGGCAGGAGUGUUGGAAUUAGGAGAGCAGAUAGUGGCGGAGAUGAACUUGAUUUCCACCAACGGAUUUGUCAGCAUAUGA